UUCGAUAUGAUGUGCAUAUACAAUGCUCGAUAGAAAAGUGUCAAUAUGAGAAAAAUUAAAUUCUGAUUAAAAUACAUCAACAUGACGGCUAACUAUUACUUUGCAAUUGUUGGGCAUACCGAUAAUCCAUUAUUUGAAGUUGAAUUUAAUAAUUCUGGGAAAGAUGCAAAGAAAGAAGAUUAUACACAUUUAAACCAAUUUAUUGCACAUGCUGCCUUAGAUCUUGUAGAUGAACAUACUUGGAAAACAACAAAUAUGCACCUAAAAGUUGUAGAUAAAUUUAACCAAUGGUUUGUAAGUGCUUUUGUUACUGCAACUCAUAUCAGAUUUAUUAUGGUACAUGAUAAUAAAAAUGAAGAUGGUAUAAAGAAUUUUUUUAGUGAAAUGUAUGAAAUGUACAUAAAGUAUUCUAUGAAUCCAUUUUAUAAAUUGAACACACCUAUUAAGUCUAUUGGCUUUGAGAAAAAGGCACAAUUAUAUGGCAGAAAAUAUUUAUCAUCAUGA